UGAAUAUUUUAUUACAAAAGUUACUGUAAUACGCAGGUUUAUCAAGCAUUUUAAAACAAUUUGGAUACUAAAAUGAAGCUAGUGCUAUUUUUGAUUCAUUUUAUAAUGUUUAUUACUUUGAUUUCAUGUUUUUCUGAGGAGUCAUCAGAAAAUUCCAAAAUUCGACGAUCUUUAGUUGAAGAAAUAGCUGCUCAAGAAUUGGAAAACGUAAAAAAAGUUCUGGAACAAAAUUUACCAUUUGAAGAAAGUUAUUCAUAUUUGAUGAAAAAUUUUGCCGAAUAUCGUAAACAAUAUGAAGAUGCUUUGAACGAAAAACUUCCAAGAAUAUCUGGAUUUCCACCAAUGCACUCAAAUGCAUAAAAAUUUUUAUCUUUACAUUAAAAUAUUUGAAAUAAAAUUGUUGACAUUUUUAUUUUUAAACAAAAUUGUUGAUUAAAACACAAACAAACAAGUUGGAAUUUAAUUUUCAAACUUAAUUUCUGGAACAAGAUCUAAGAGCUGCUGCCAUUCCUUCUUAGUAAGAGUGAUGCCAGAUUUUCCAGGACGGUAUUGACCUGUAAAGAUUGAAUUAAUUUAUAAAUCGACCAAGUUGUGUUUUGCAUGCUAAUGAUAAGUUUCAAUACAUAUAAAGUAAAUUUCUUCGUACCUGUUCCUUUAUCCAUAUAAUAUUCACGAAUAUUCAGAUACUGCUUGCCUUUAAAUGAACUCAAGCUUACACGACGGUUUCUGUCUAGUUCCCAGUAUGAAUUUCCCUGAUCAUCAGUUUUUGUAGAGUCGCUUCCUCCUUUUGAAUCAUUUCCACCUUUAACGUCAUUUCCACUCUUUGACUUCUUGGCCGGUGGAUUUCU